AUGGACGUCCGCCUGUACCCCUCGGCGCCCGCGGUGGGCGCACGGCCAGGGCCCGAGCCAGCCGCCUUGGCGCACCUGGACUAUUACCACUGCGGCAAGUUUGAUGGUGACAGCGCCUACGUGGGGAUGAGUGACGGAAACCCAGAGCUCCUGUCGGCCAGUCAGACCUAUAACAGCCAGAGCGAGACCAACGAAGACUAUGAGAUCCCCCCAAUAACACCUCCCAACCUCCCUGAGCCAUCUCUCCUGCAUUUGGGGGACCACGAAGCCGGCUACCACUCGCUGUGCCACGGCCUCACACCCAACGGUCUGCUCCCUGCCUACUCCUACCAGGCCAUGGACCUCCCGGCCAUCAUGGUGUCCAAUAUGCUGGCCCAGGACAGCCACCUGCUGUCAGGCCAACUGCCCACGAUCCAGGAGAUGGUCCACUCGGAGGUUGCUGCCUACGACUCAGGCCGGCCAGGGCCCCUGCUGGGCCGCCCGGGGAUGCUGGCCAGUCACAUGAGCGCCCUCAGCCAAUCCCAGCUCAUUUCUCAGAUGGGCAUCCGGAGCGGCAUCACCCACAGCUCCCCAUCACCCCCAGGGAGCAAGUCAGCGACCCCCUCUCCCUCCAGUUCAACCCAGGAGGAGGAGUCGGAAGCACAUUUCAAGAUCUCGGGAGAGAAGAGACCCUCAGCUGACCCAGGAAAAAAGGCCAAGAACCCAAAGAAGAAGAAGAAGAAGGACCCCAAUGAGCCCCAGAAGCCGGUGUCGGCAUACGCGCUGUUCUUCAGAGACACUCAGGCUGCCAUCAAGGGACAGAACCCCAGCGCUACCUUUGGUGACGUGUCCAAAAUCGUGGCCUCCAUGUGGGACAGCUUGGGAGAGGAGCAGAAGCAGGCCUAUAAGAGGAAGACGGAAGCUGCUAAGAAGGAGUAUCUAAAGGCUCUGGCAGCCUACAGGGCCAGCCUCGUCUCCAAGAGUUCCCCAGACCAGUGUGAGACCAAGAGCACUCAAGCGAACCCUCCAGCCAAAAUGCUCCCGCCCAAGCAGCCCAUGUACGCCAUGCCAGGUCUGGCCUCCUUCCUGACGCCAUCGGACCUUCAGGCCUUCCGCAGUGGGGCCUCUCCCGCCAGCCUCGCCCGGACACUGGGCUCCAAGUCACUGCUGCCAGGCCUCAGCGCAUCUUCCCCACCGCCGCCGCCCUCCUUCUCACUCAGCCCCCCUCUGCACCAGCAGCUGCCACUGCCCCACCAUGCACAGGGUACCCUCCUCAGCCCACCUGUUAGCAUGUCCCCGGCUCCCCAGCCUCCCGUCCUGCCCACCCCCAUGGCACUCCAAGUGCAGCUGGCUAUGAGCCACUCGCCCUCAGGGCCACAGGACUUCCCUCACAUCUCUGAGUUCCCCAGUGGUUCGGGGUCCCGCUCACCUGGCCCAUCCAACCCCACAAGCAGUGGGGACUGGGACAGCAGUUACCCCAGCGGGGAGUGUGGCAUCAGCACUUGCAGGUCAGUCCUCACCCAUCCCACCCUUGGCACUGCCUUUGCCCUGUUGAUGCUUGGAGAGUGGGAAUCGGAAUGGCAGCGGGGUGGCGAAAAGGCCAGGGGCGAUUUGGACCUGGUGAGGCCCUGCAAGUCACUGCCAGCUCUGCUGGGGUUCCUCUUGGGCACUGGAUGCUAAAGGUAUCCAGGAGAUGGAUGCAGAGCAAAGUGAGGCCUCCUGGGGCUGGUCUGAUUCCAGGGCUUAUUUGGGAAAAUGAGGGUGGUCUUCUGUCUUACCUUUUUUCCUUCCACCUUCCUCCCCCCGCCCCCCACAAAUGCUUCCAUGUGACAUCCACUGAAAGGCUUUGUGUCUUAGGUUUCCUGGAAGCAGGGUCUGAGGCAGGGAUUCGGUGCACUUGAUGAUGUGUUGAGGGAGUGCUCUCGGGAGAUGGGGAAGGAGGGCAGCAGGACAGGGCAAAGGAGGGAGCUAAGCAAGGGCGUGGUCUCAGCUAGAGGCCUCCUUCCACCUGAGUCUAUGGGGAGCUCUGGAGCAUGAUUGGUACCACAGAGUUGGUCCCACCUUGAUGUCAGAGAGCUGCCUUUUUGUACCCUGUGCCAGUCAGCCAUUGGCUGUGGGCUGCCCCUGGGGGAGUAUAGUCCCUGGACAAGGCAGUUCCAUUCAGGCAAGGGCAGUGGUCUGGAGAAGUGGCAGCUGGGCAUGCAAUGAAGGAAAGCUGGGGGCAACACCAGCAGUGUUCAGUGCACCCAGAAGGGACCAGGCAUCUAACCCAAGGAAUCCCAAACUUUAAAGGUAUCCUCCACUCUGCUCUGCAGCCCGCCAUCCUCACUAGACACUAGACUCCAGCACUGCAGGGCUCCUCCCUGGUAUUCCUGUGGGCUCAGGCCUCUGGGCCUUUCUCCUUGUCUGCACACUUAGCCUUGAACCCAGGCUCCGUCCUCAAGGAAGCUUGAUCUGUGUGAUCCCUCCUGCUUCCUGUAAUUGAGGGAGAGUGACUUUCAUUUCAGCCAACAGAAGGGGAAACACAGAGUGGAGGAGCCACAUGUGCUCCUUAACCUGCCUGCUUCGCCCCUCUCCCUCGGCAAGACUCAGUCCUUGGCCACACCUGGGAAAGGUAGUGCUGAGCAGCCGCCUCCCAGAAACAGCUCCAUACCACCAAAGGCUGAGCAUUAGUGAUUGUUGGAUGGAUGGGUGGCCAGCCACCCCUGCCCCAACGGUCAGCCUUCAAGCACAGGGACCCUCGGUGCCAAGGCCACCAGUUCAGCAUCGGUUCAGGCAGCUCCUGGGUGCAGAGCAGUCAAGCGUGGCCAUGCCCCCGUCUCUGACAAGCCUGGUGAGAGAUCAGCACUGUGGGCACUCAGCUCAGCAGAAAUCCCCUUCCCCACACCCCAAGUGGGUACAGACCCUGCUACCCUACCCCUUUCCCUUCUCUACAAUUUCUCCCCAAAGUAUGGGAGUCUUUAGUGGACCUCGUAGACUCUCAGAACUUCCUGAGGCCAGCCCUUUGCCCUCAGCUUCACUUUCCCCACGUGGAGAAGAGACCACAGCACUGCCCUAUGUGAAAAACAUAGAAAGUGCCUGCCACCUUGAAUUUUGUAUAAGAUUUACAACUGGAAGCACCGUGAUUACAUGAUUACAGACGGAUAUAAGCGUGGUGGUGUGUUGGAAUGGGUAUGGAUGAGGGGCAGAUGUGCUAAGGACUGGGUGGGUCCUUCUAGGAUGCCAGGAGGGGUGUUUGGUUCUGCUUAGUAGAGAGUUGGGAAUAGACCUGUCCCGUGUCCCUCAGUCCUUGUCCAGAGGGACAGCAGAAUCCAGGGCAUGGGGAACAGGACUAGAGUGCAGGGCCGGGUGCCUCCUAGGCACUGUGUUAGGCCCCCAAGGGCCAGGCAGCUCAGAGGACCGGCUGUGACAGCCCCUCCUCUCUCUGCAGCCUGCUCCCCAGGGACAAAUCUCUCUACCUCACCUAAUGCUGCCUCCCUCCUGCCCCCUUGCUGAGGCUCGCUGGAGGGCGCUGCUCAGAGCUUGAGGGGCUGACUGCAGAAAAGAGGCCUUGGCGCAGGCAGCAGGGUGAGCAAGAGAGCCGUGACACACCCAUGCCCGGGGCUGAGUCCCCUCCGUCAUCUCCCACUGGACUCUCCAGAGGCAGCCCUUGCCCACCGCCGGCCCACAGAACCUGCAGGAACCUUCUGCCCGACCUGCUUGCUCCAGAGUAGCUGUGGACCGCACUCCUCCUCGUCCACGCCCUGCACUCCGCUCCGCCAUCCGUCAGUCCAGACGUCUGGACCGGCCCCAGCUCUCGUGGGCCACCCCCAGUUGGCUCAGUUACCAACAGAAGCCCACCUCCAGGGCAUGGGGCGGGGACCGGCCCAGCCCUGGACGCGCAAAUCCAACGAUACAGCGUGAACAAAAGAUUCUGAAACCUGUGAACUGUGGGCUCCGUGUAAGUAGUUGACUAAGUGUUUUAGAACUGUGCUGAAGACAUCUGUAAGAUUAUUUUGUCGGGGAAAAAGUAGUUUCCUUUCAGGUAAAAAGCAUUUUAUAUGCCCCUUAGUACUUUUUUUUUUUUUUUUUACAUUUUAUCUGAAGGAAGACGUGCACAAAGGCACUACCACCCGUUCCUAUCUGUACAGCGAGCCCUGGGUGAUUUACGACCACACGCUGAGUGUUGCUCUUUUUUUUUUUUUUAGCCAUAUGUCCAUCUAUUUAAAAUUGCCAACGACGACUUUUGUCUAUUUAUGAAGAAAAAUGGAGAACAAAACUACCGUUUAGCAUAACGUGUGCGUGGCUUUUUGUUUGGGGGUUUUGGUUUUUCGGCUUAAGUUUUUAAUGUUGUUUGCAGCUGUUUCCUGGCCCUGGCAAUGUCUGUCUCGGUGCCCAGUGCUUCUCUCAAAUUCCUUUAUAAUAAAACUUAUGAAAAGUUGGA